CAGCUUGGUCCAUCUGUUAUUGUGUUGGCUGCAGCCAAUUGGCUAAUGCAUCAGACGGUCUCGAGCUUAGGUUAGUGUCUGUGCAUUGGUGAAAUAACGAUUGACUGUGUUUGCAGAGAUUUGGGGACUGAAGGCAACCAUGUCGUCGUUGUGGAGACCGUUUUCCAUUUCGGAGGGACCGUGUAAAAAUGUAGGUUUAAGGGGUGGAUGCUCGCAGCAGCAGCACCAUCCAUUGACCUCAAUUCCAUCAUCAUCAUGUUUGAGUAACGUUAGCAUUAACCAUACAGGCGCUGCAGCAGUCUAUCGUUCCCAAGACUUCUAUCAUUCGUGUUCGUCAAAAAGGACAUUGGCUGCUGCUGCAGUUGGUGGAAGGAAAGUAACACACCCCGGGAAAGCCAUUCUUGCAGGUGGGAUUGCAGGCGGGAUAGAGAUCUGCAUCACCUUCCCAACAGAAUAUGUCAAGACACAACUUCAACUAGAACACCGAGCCAUCAACCCUAGAUAUAGGGGCAUUGGGGACUGUGUAAAGCUGACGGUGCAGGAUCAUGGCCUUAGAGGUCUGUAUCGUGGCCUCAGCUCCCUCCUCUACGGCUCUAUACCCAAAUCAGCCGUACGGUUUGGCACGUUUGAGGUGCUCAGUAAUCCUAUGAGGGAUGCCAAUGGUCGCCUUGACAACACGCGUAGCCUGUGGUGUGGCUUGGGAGCGGGCAUUGCUGAAGCUGUGUUGGUAGUCUGUCCCAUGGAGACGCUCAAGGUGAAGUUCAUCCAUGACCAGUGCUCACUACGUCCGCGGUAUCGCGGCUUCUUCCAUGGUGUUCGUGAAAUCAUAAGGGACCAAGGCAUUCGAGGCACUUACCAAGGGCUGACGGCAACAGUGCUGAAACAAGGGAGCAACCAGGCCAUCCGCUUUUAUGUCAUGAACUCCCUACGGAAUUGGUACAAAGGUGAUGACCCCAGACGUGACAUGCACCCAGUGGUGACCGCUAUGUUUGGUGCCACGGCUGGCGCAGCCAGUGUGUUUGGCAACACGCCCCUUGAUGUGGUCAAAACCAGAAUGCAGGGUCUGGAAGCUCACCGCUACAGAAGCACGGUGGACUGUGCAUUCCAGAUACUGAAGAACGAGGGACCCCAAGCGUUCUACAAAGGCACUGUGCCUCGACUGGGCAGAGUGUGUCUGGACGUGGCCAUCGUCUUUGUGAUCUACGAGGAGGUGGUCAAGCUGUUAAAUAACAUGUGGAAGACCGAAUAGGGAGGGAGAAGUGCCCUGGUACUUACCUGAAUGGUGGAGCGGUAGACAGCAGAUAGGGGAAGGUGUACUCUGGCUAAGAGUGCUACAGGUGCUACAUAGGUUUAACUGGGAGUGCUACAUAGGUUUAACUUGGAUUCCUUUCCAAAGAGAGUACACCAUCUGUGUCUGUGGAGUUAAAACAAACUGCUGACAAAGAAGCUAGAUGUUAAUGCACAACUUUUGUUCGUUAUCGAAAUACUUGUUCAGAUGUUCAGCCUUGCACAAUAUGUUUGUUUUUAUUUUGUUUUUUUUUUCACUGCUGUAAACUUGUUACAAGUGUCUUGUUAUUCACCAUGCUCUUACAUAGUUUGGUACAGAACAAAAACAAUGUAGUGUAUGGAUACCUUGUACCUAAAAGAAGUGUUAGUGAGCAAUACAAGAAAAUGCUCCAUCUUUAAAACUCUGAACAAUUUCUCUUCCUCAGCAUGAAGUUAAAGUAGCUCUGUGGCACUCAAAAACAACAAACUACAGUUGUCAUUUUGCAGAUCAACUAUAGCUCAAAGGCUCAUGGUGAACCUAUGCUGCUUUGAUAUUUUAGCACUAUUUUAGUUUUUGUUACAUAUUGACAUGACACUGAAGUAUUCUUAUCAAUUGAGACAAAUGCAAGUAAAAAGAUUUCCCUGUAUUAAAUUAAACACAUUAAACAAACACAUUAAA